UUUUUUCUAAAACGACGCGUCGUUGGUAUUGAACUGAACUCGCCGGUCACUAAUUUUUUGUUAUGCGAAAAGAAAGCUAAGACUUCACCCCCCAAACUCUUUGCGUGUGGGCUUGGCGGACCCAAAUUCAAGGCAGUUCCUUCUCUUCACACCAUAAGGUCUCCGACCGGGAAUCGUCAUAUUUGGGAUCCCAGAAAAAUAUUAAAAUUCUUCGAUUCGAUUAAUCGGUGCUCAUUGUUCAAUAUACCAGGUUGGGUUUGUUAACUAAAGGAAGAAGGUUUUGAGAUUUUGUAAUCCUUUGAAGAGCUUCGAGCAGCAUGAAGGGACAAGAACACAAGGAACUAUCUUCGGGAAGGACGAUUGGCAGUGCUAGGAUUCAAGAUGCCAAGAAUGGAGGACAUUCUUAACCUUCCUGUCCAAGAUCCUCCAACUGCAGAGUUUUCUGCUGCACAUUUGAAAUGGGUUAAGGUAAAUGGUGGUCGGCAUGGUGGUGACAAUAUCGCUCUUAUUCCAUUUGCUAGAGUGGAUGAUUUUGUAAAAGGAGAAUCCUCAAAUCCAGAAUGCCCUGCUAGUUUCCGCAUUGAAUCAAGAAGGAAGAGACCUGAGGGGAGCAUCAGCAAACCAAGAGUUGAUGGCUAUCUUGAGUAUACACUAUAUUGGUGUUCUUAUGGUCCGGAAGAUUACCGAGAUAGCCAAUCUAGUUUGGAGGAUGGUUUAAACAUAAAGCCUGCAUCAGGAAAGGGAAGCAGGCCAGGAAGGCGUCAUAGGAUGAGAGGUUGCCUUUGCCAUUUUACUGUAAAGCGCUUAUACACCAAACCCCUACUUGCUCUCAUAAUUUAUAAUCAAAGAACACAUGUAGAUAAAUCAGGGGCCCCAUGUCAUGGUAUACUUGAUCAGGAUGCCUUGGGGACAAGAGCCAUGUAUGCCCCACGAAUAUCUGAGGAUUUACGUCAAAAAGUGAUGUCAAUGCUUUAUGUUGGAAUCCCUUUGGACAAUAUAAUUCAACAUCACACAGAGGUUGUCCAGGGGCAUGGUGGACCUCAUAACCGUGAUGAUUUCCUAACUCGCAAUGAUGUCCGUAACAUGGAAAGGGUGAUUCGUAACUCUUCGCAUGAAUUACUUGAAAAUGAUGAAUGCAGUGUGAAUAUGUGGGUGCAACGCCAUCACAAACAUGUUUUCUACUUUCAAAGGAACUCUGAUGUAGAACCAUUUAUUUUGGGCAUACAAACAGAUUGGCAACUGCAACAGAUGCUUCGCUAUGGACAUAAUGGCGCUAUGGCUUUCCAUUCAAUGUUUGGUUUGAAGAGACUUAAGUAUCCGCUGUGUACUCUUCUUGUUUUCGAUCUAUCACAUAAUGCAAUUCCAGUUGCUUGGAUUAUAUCAUCCUCUUUUUCCAGCCAUGAUAUCCAGAAGUGGAUUGGGUUACUUGCUGAAAGAAUACGAACCAAGGACCCUAGAUGGAGACUCAAUUCCUUUCUAGUGGAUGAUUCUUCAUUGGACAUUUCUAUAAUUAGAGAGACUUUCCAAUGUAGAGUUCUGUUAUGCAUAUGGCACGUUCGACGUGCCUGGAUAAGAAACCUCUUAAAGAAUUGCUGCAACAUUGAUGUACAGCAAGAGAUGUUUAAGCAAUUGGGUUGGGUUUUGUAUUGCACAAGAAGUGGACAACACUCUAUGGAUGCGCUAGAUGAACUUAUGCAAAUAUUUGUUGAUCAAUGUACAUUUAUGGACUACUUUAAGAGGCGAUGGUUACCAAACAUAGAAUUUUGGAUUAAUGGCAUCAAGUCUCUUCCUGUUUCAAGUCCGGAACCCAAUGCUGCAAUUGAGUCCUAUCACUUGAGGUUGAAAUUGAAGCUUUUCGAUGAACAACAUGCCAAUUCUUGGUCAAGAGUUGAUUGGUUAAUUCACACACUUUCCACAGAACUUCAUUCCUUAUAUUGGUUGGAUCAAUAUAGUAUAGAGACUGGGUAUUUUGAAAAUUUGAGGGACAAAUCUUUUUCAACGAAUGCAUGGUGCCAGGCUUUGCACAUCCCAGAUGUUGAUGUCAUACUAGAUGAGCAUAAUCUCCAGCUUGCAAAAGUCAUCUCUCAAACAGACAGAAACCUGGCGUACUCAAUUUGGAACCCUGGUUCAGAAUUUUCACUAUGUAAUUGCCCUUGGUCAAGACUGGGAAAUUUCUGUAAGCAUGUCAUCAAAGUGGCAAAUUUAUGUAAAAGUCGGCAGGUUGCAAGGCCAUUACUGGCUGCUCAAGUUUAUCGACAGACAUUGCUUACCCUGCUACAGAAUACCCCAGAUGAUCCUCUAGUUCUUGAUCAUGCCAUUUUACAUGCAACCCGUUUGCAGCAGGACAUCAAAAGCUUAGAGGAUUUGUCCAAUAAUGGAUUGCUCCAACCUUUACCUGCUGAUAUUAGUUCUCAUGCUGCAGAGAACAUACUUUCUCCUUAUCUUUAUUAAUUGGACUUUUAAAAGGAAAUUUUCACGCGCCUUUGGCUUUCCAUAAGUCUGCGAGGUGAUCUUUAGUCUGCUGCACAUAGUCAAGACUAGAGAAAGUUUGGAAUUUGCAUCUGCAUACUCUGAUGUAUGUUUUACGUGUUAACUGGGACUGUGGAGUGAACAGGGAUUUGAGAUACCAUGUUUUACGUGUUAACUGGGACCAUGGAGUGAACAGGGAUUGGAGAUUCCAUGGUUUCCAUCUGCUCUCAAGUGCCUAUACCUGCAUUUUCUUGGAUUUUGAUGAAUGGAUGGAUCUGCUUGCCCCCUUGAACAGCUGAAAUAGGACUGUUAAUUGAAAUUCUUUUAGUCUAUUUAUUUCGAAGCUACUUCUAAACAGAGAGCAUAGAAUGUAUCUGGAUCAAUCAUGUGUAGGCUGAAGACAGUUGUUGGGAUUUACAGGAUCAUACUAAUAAUACAGGUCAUACCUAAAGAUCACUCGAGGGAUAUUCCUCAAUGAAGUGCCGCAACAUUUGGCCAAACUGUGAGGACAAACUCAUUUUUAUCUGGCUCGCACUACCAUAGCGAUACAAUGGAGAUCAUGCAGUCUUCUGUCACGAUAUUUAUCCUGACACUGUCUUACAAGUUCAACUGCUGCCUUUAUGAUCUUAUAUCAUAUUGCAUUUUUUUUCCUUUUUCUUUGAGGUCCCGGGGCUAUUUCCAAUAUACAUGUUGAAAAGAAAAAAAGGCUAUUGAGGAAAACGUUUAAAACCAGCACCGUAUUGGCAUGCAUGGAGGAGAAGGGUACUAGAAUGGGUGAGACAAAUUGGUCAGCCAAUCUCAUACAGUCCAGGGGUCGCCAGAAGGACGUCAUGUGUGGAGCACGUGAUGACCAGUGAAGUGAGGGAAAGACUAUUGUUAAACUGGUAGUCGGAGGCAUCAAUUUUUGACUCCUUACAGCAGGGUUGGCUUGCACAACCACUAACGUUAUUUAGUAUCACGAUUCAUGGCAUUGACUUGAGUACAGUCCCUUGACUAUAAAUUAUAAUGAGUUUUGCGUCCCCCACUAAUUAGGGCCAUAGUAUCUAACAAAAUUCUUAAACUAUAGUUCUGAUAUUGUGUAACAUGUGAACAAAUAGUAUAUCACUGUUUUACUCACUUAUAAUUUGGUGUAAUUGUGGAAGGUAUGAACAAAUAGUAUCUCACUGUUUUACUCA